UGCAAUGGUACAAGCCGCAGUACAGUACAAAACAAAUACCUCGCAUAAUGAGUCAACAGUUGCGCAUCCGAACUGCUCCUCCUACGAUUCGCCGCAGGCUCCAGACUUGUAGGAUCCAACCAACCUCCGCGCCGCCAACUAGUAUUUUGCCUCCCGAUCUUUGAAAAAUCGGGAGAAAGCUCCAUGCGAAUCGCGAGGCAGAGUCGGUCUGUGACUCUGUGAGCCCAACCCAGCGAGGGUUCUGUCAGCGACAGCGCCUGCGUAUGAAUGACCCGACAGCUGAGAUUUCGAGCCGAAAGAAUCGAAUGACUGAACUGCUUGCGACCUUUCCACUGAAAACUGAUCGAAAUUGUUAGAGAAGGGAUGCGUCGCCCCGUUUCCUGUUCAUAUCUCCGAGAUACCGGCCAGACGCCGUCUGAGAUCGAGAUUGCGAGUUUGAAGAUCGAGAGAGCUGAGUGAAUCAGCUAUACGUACUGUGCCUGCCAAUUCCAGAGAAGAAAAGGCGGAUUCGGAAGUAUACUACAAAAGAACUUCUCGAGACCACUGUCGCACCGCGGGCAUUUUUUACUCCUGGUCAGUGGAAACCGGCGAAUACUGCCCUGCAUAUUGACUCAAACGGUCACGCCGGCGAAUCCCUCCUCCCACGUUUUUUAUCGCCGUUCUCACGGCAUCGCGGCGACGAGUCGCUGCCGCGGCGGCGAAUUUCGCCGGGUGGGAAUCGUUUGAAACGAACGGCCGUCGCUGAAUGGACGGCGGCGGAGGAGCGAGCGACCGCGGCGGAAUGACACCACGCGAAGGAGCGAGUGGCGGAGCAGGCGACCGCGGCGCGGGCGGCGGCGUCGGCGACGGCGUGGGCGACGAAGUGGGCGACGACGGUGGGAGCGACGGGGUGGGCGACAGAAUUGGCGACGCGGCUGCUGUGGGCGACGAACUUGGCGACUCUACGGCGACCGCCGCCACUACAGCCCUUGCUGUUCAAGUUGAUGACCAACUUGAAGGUCAACUUGGCGACACGCCAUCACCAUCCCCAGCGCUCACAGUCGGUGCGGCGAUUGUGGUUGAAUCCCCCAGUGAGCGCAGCAGGAGGAAGCGGGAGCAGCACGCCACCGCCACCGCCACCGCCACCGCCACCGGCAGCGGCAGCGGCAGCGGCAGCGGCAGCGGCAGUGGCAGUGGCGGUGACAAGGAGAGACGAACCAGUGCCAGUAGUUCGAGAACUCCCACUCCCAGUGGUGUGGGCCAGCAUGGCGGCUUUCCAGCGGCGUCACAGCGGAAGAAAGCCGCUAUUGUUAAGGAAGCUACCGUUACACGGAAGAAAGCUACUCCCACCGCUUUCACGCCUCGUGGGAGCCGCAGGAAAACGGUUUCAGCGUCGCGUGAGUUUGAAGACUCGUGCAACAAGAUGCUUGCUGCCGCCAUCGCCCGCAACCUCCGCGCCCGGCUGGCCUCUUCCGACCAACACCUGCAGCCACAACCAGAGGCACAGCCACAGCCACAGCCACAGCGACGGAGUGUCGGCACGGCUGGUGCUAACUUCAUGUUACGAUCUCCCAGGCCAGGAAAUCGGAGUACGAAAUCCCCGAGGCUGGCAGUUCCCCGUGCAAGUGAGUCUGGUGUGGGCCAGUCAUUCCCGGCGUCGCCCUCUGGAGCUUCUGGCAAUUGGGGCCCCAUGGAUGUGGAGCCGAGGUAUACAAUCGGCAUGUGCGGUGGGGGGGGUCACGGCAGCGGGGCUGGUCGCGGAAGUGGCAGGGGUGGUGCCAGUGGUGGUGGUGCUCCCAGCAAUUGGGGCCCCAUGUAUGCGGAGCCAAGGCAAAGAAUCGGCAGGCACGGUGGCGGUGGGGGUGGGGGUGGUGGAGGCCACAUGCGUGGUGAUGGUGGUGGGAACGCGGGUGGUGAUGGCAACGUGGGUGGUGAUGGUGGCACGGGUGAUGAUGAUGCUGACGACGUCACGAGUGCUCCUAUGGAUGUUUCUUCCCGAGAUGGAGGUGAUUAUAGCGAGGGAAAGAAAGGCACGCUUAUGAUGCCCCGAAGCCGCACUGUUCCUCUUUUCGGUCAGGAUAUCUCUCGGAGUCUGGAUAGACCGUUGGAUCUCAAGUCCCUCUCGUGGCCGAGAUCCCCUGUCUCAUCACCUGCCACUCCAGGAGCCCACAUGACUGCAGCUGGUGAAAAUGCGGCUGCUAUAAAUGCUGCUGCUUCAAGUGCUGCUAGUACGCCCGCUGCUCCACUUGGGGCUAACAGUCCCGUCUGGCCUGUGCCGGCUUCUGCUGCCGUUGCUCAAUUCAGGGGCCUGGUCAGUUCUGAGGUUGCUCAGGGGCCUCAGAACAAGCCGACUGCUGUGGCUGCUCAGUUCAGGGGCCUGGUGAGGCGAAUGCCGUCUCCGCCACUAGACUCGACAUCGUUCCAGGCCUCUCAGCAGCUAAUUCCAGGCAUCCUCGCUCUUACCCCUCCUCCUACCCCCACUGCUGCUCCCACCACUGCUACUGCUACUGCUGCUUUUGCUUCUGCUGCUGCUGCUGCUGCUGUUGCUGCCGCUCCUCCUGUGCACGGGUCCCCUUUCUCUGGCCCUACAGCCAUGCUGCAUUCCUCCUCCGCAUCGCCUCCUGUUCCCAUCACAGUGCGUGCCACUACAGCGCCCAUGGCAGACCCCUCCACAACCGCCCUAGAGAGCUGGCGUGCUCUGGUGCAUUUCUCCUCUGCCUCACCUCCCGUCCCCAGUGCGAUGCAUGCAGCGGCCGCUGCAUCCGCCUUGCCAGGCCUCUCCAUGCCUGCGUUUGACUCCUGGCACGCUCAGCUGCUCGCUCGUGCGUUCACACGAGGCGCCGGCAGCAGCAACGGGGGAGAGGGGAGUGCUCCAUUGAUGCACCAGCAACAAGCCAUGGGAACCUUCCCCUCUCACCAGCUGAGGUACCCACAAGGAGGGGCAGCGGCCACUUCAGCAGCACUCAUACAAAACACGAUGGUUACACAAGCCAUGUCUGGCUUUUCAUCCUUGAAUAUGCAUGCGCCUGACGCUGCCGGACCAAUGCGUGCUGCAGGUCCAGCAACAGGCUCGGCGAUGGUCACAGGAGGUUUGGUAAGGGAGGAGACCUGUCCGGACGGACCUGUGGUUGGUUCGGCGCCUUUAAUGCUAGGUCAGGUGGGGGCUAUCCAAGUGGAGGGACGGAUGAUUGUGGCUCGGAGUGCAUGGGCGCAAGAUCUGGUGGCGAGUCACCUUAGGGAGAAACAGCAGCAGGAGAGUGGGUUGGGAAACAUCCAGCAGCAGCAGGAGUAUGCUGAGUCUAACCUUCGAGCAACACAAACAGGCUUGCCACACGUUACUGUACAGCACAAUUCGAUACACCCAUCUUCAAGUGUGGAGAUGGAGACGGAGGGGAAUACGGAUGACUACACUACGUCUAUAGAAGGUAUACAUGUGACGCCUGUAGGUCUUCCUGAACAGCCAACCCAGGACGUAACUGCUACUGUACAUAACUAUACCAUAUGUGACGCUGAAGGGCAGGAAGCAGGAACUGAGGAGAAGACAGAGAGUGGAGAGAGGGGGGUAUUCUUGUUCGGAAAGCGUGUGAUCUAGCUUAGGAACUUGCAUAGUACUACAUGUAUUUCUGUCUGUCAUGUAUAGCCACCAAUACUAAUUCAAUUUAUUCAUGUG